CCGCCCCCGACUCCUCCCGUUGCCGUCGCGCGGUUGCUUGGCUCUCCGAGCAAGAUCGGGCGACCAGGAAGGCGCCAUGGCGCUGCUGGAGCCGCUGAGCGCCGCGCAGCUGAAGCGCCUGGAGGAGCACCGCUACAGCGCGUCCGGGCGCUCGCUGCUGGAGCCGCCGCUGCAGCGUUACUGGGGUUGGCUGGUAGAGCGCACGCCGCUUUGGCUGGCCCCCAAUGCCAUCACGCUCGGCGGCCUGGUCUUCAACCUCGUCCCUUUGCUGGUCCUCAUGUACUACUGCCCUAGCGCCACUGAGGAGGCUCCUCCAUGGGUGUUCCUCUUUUGUGCAUUAGGACUCUUUAUUUACCAGUCUAUGGAUGCGAUCGAUGGAAAGCAAGCCAGAAGAACAAAUAGCAGUUCUCCUUUGGGAGAAUUGUUUGACCAUGGCUGCGAUUCUAUUUCAACAGUAUUCAUUGGUAUUGCAGCCUGCACUGCAGUUCGCUUGGGAACAGAUCCAGACUGGCUCUUUUUCUCUUCCUUCUUUGGGAUGUUCCUGUUUUACUGUGCUCACUGGCAAACCUAUGUAUCAGGGAUGCUCAAAUUUGGCAAAAUUGAUGUGACUGAAACUGAAAUCACCGUAAUGAUAAUCUUUUUAUUAACCUCAUUUGGUGGAACAACAAUGUGGGACACAAAGAUCCCUGUGCUAGAACUACAACUGAAGAAAAUACUUCUUGCUGGCGUAGUGUGUGUGGCAGUAUAUUCAACUUAUAAUUAUUUCCGAGUAAUCUUUGGAGGAGGUGUGGGAAAGAACGGAUCUACAAUAGCGGGAACAAGUGUUUUAUCUCCAGGCCUUCAUAUAGGCCUAAUUAUUACUCUGGCAAUAAUGAUCUACAAAAAAUCCACAACUCAUCUGUUUGAAAAACAUCCUUGUCUGUAUGCCUUAACUUUUGGAUUUGUGAUUGCAAAAAUCACACAAAAAUUGAUGAUAGCACACAUGACAAAAAGUGAGAUCUUCCUUCAAGAUACUGCAUUUAUUGGGCCAGGCCUCUUAUUUCUAAACCAGUACUUCAGUUGUUUUAUUGAUGAAUAUAUUGUUCUGUGGAUAGCACUGUUCAUCUCGUUGUUUGAUUUGCUGAGAUACUUCACUGGAAUAUGCAUACAGAUUGCUGCUCACCUUCACAUACAGGUCUUCAAGCUUUCAUCUCAACAAGCUCCUGAACAGGUACAAGUUAUUUCUCCACUGAACCAUCAGAAUAACAUGGACUGAAGAGAUUUGCGAACAGUUGCCAUCUCUUGCUGUUGCUGUUAUGAGAAAAAAGAAAAAAAAUAUUGAUCAGAUGCAAUAUUUUGUAUCACAGCACUCUAACGUGUGAAUUGUAAACAAUGUUUUUUUCUAUUUAAGUGUGCUAUUUUAAAAUGUUAUUGAAGUUUUCAUAAAUCAGUAUUAAUACUUA